CCUCGAACGGACUACAUGGCGAUGCUGGACAAGCGCCUGAAGAGGAUGGAGGACCGUGUCAUUAAGAUGAUUCCCAAGGAGGAGACGCGAGACAUGACCGCGAUCGGGCGGUCGAACGUCCGACCACCUCAGCCGGGACAGGUCUCCAAGGCCCAGAAGAAACGGUCGGCGGACGAUGCGUUUGGGGCCGAAAUGGACGAAUGGGCGCAAGGCGACCGGAGAGGGCCACCGGAUACUUUCCCUAUGCGCCGCGAGAGCAGGUCCGGUGACCCCAACAGUCUGAUGACGGAAGGGGCUGAAUUCCUGCCAUCUUUAGAGAUCCAGGAGCAUCUUGCGGAGGUAUUUUUCGACUGCGUCUACGGCCAAUCCUAUCUUCUCCUCCAUAAGCCUAGCUUCAUGCGGAGAUUGAAGGCCCGAACCAUUCCGCCGGUAUUGAUUUUAGCCCUCUGCGCCGUCUCUGCUCGUUUUUCGACCCACCCACAGGUUAAGUCAGACCCGCCCUUCCUGCGCGGCGAGAACUGGGCCAACCCAGCGGCGCACAUCGCGAUGAGUCGACACGACGAGCCCAAUAUAACAAUUUUGACUGUGUUCCUGCUUUUGGGAUUACACGAAUUUGGGACCUGCCAUGGUGGUCGAAGCUGGUCUUUCGGAGGACAAGCCAUGCGCAUGGCCUACGCCUUGCAACUACACAGAGAGCUCGACCACGACCCCCUGUUGGGACAGGGCAACAACAGUACAUCCCAGCUGACUUUCACGGAUCGAGAGAUCAGGAGACGCACGAUGUGGGCCUGCUUACUGAUGGACCGGUAUAACUCGUCUGGCAGCCAGCGUCCGCCAAUUGGUAAUGAGCAGUUCUUGCAGAUUCAACUUCCCACCAAGGAACCCCAUUUUCAGAUGGAGAUUCCCGGUCCUACCGAGGACUUGGACGGACACGUGCCAAAUCCAGUUCCGGAGGAUGUUGGCCAGUUGUCCAAUGCCCGGGACAACAUGGGGGUGUCAGCCUACAUCAUCCGUGCUGUGGUGAUCUGGGGCCGUAUCGUGGAUUACCUGAAUCUCGGGGGGAAUAAGAAGGAUAGCCAUCCUUUAUGGUCGCCCGAGUCGGGAUACACGCGCCUCAAGCGGCAGAUUGAUGAGUUCUCCGCGUCCCUUCCCAGUAGUCUCGCCUUCACGUACGAGAACCUACAGAUGCAUGCCGCCGACAAGGUAGCCAACCAAUUUCUCUUUCUGCACAUCAUCAUCCAUCAGAACAUGCUGUUUCUGAACCAAUUUGCGAUUCCCUUGUCGCCUGGGGGGCGUCCCCCGCGGGACAUGCCCAAAUCUUUCUUGAGCAAUGCUGGGCGAGCUGCCGUAGAAGCUGCGCAUCAUAUCUCGGUUCUCAUAGACCGUGCGUCGGCUUACCCUUUGACCGUCCCAUUUGCCGGGUAUUGCGCCUACUCAGCCAGCACUGUCCAUAUCUGGGGAAUCUUUUCGAAGAACGCACAACUUGAAGCGCGUUCGAAGGAGAAUUUACGACACACCUACCGGUACCUCAACAAGAUGAAGAAAUAUUGGGGCAUGUUUCAUUAUAUGGUCGAAAGUGCCAAGGACCGGUAUCGACAAUUUGCCGAUGCCGCCAUCAAGGGUUCGGUGCCCACUCAGAACGGGGGACAAAUUGCUCCCAUGUUUCAAUACGGAGAUUGGUUCGACAAGUAUCCUCAUGGGGUGUCAAGAACGCACUAUGAGGACCCAGACAAGCAACAAAGGGGCAGUGACGAGGCAGUGAUGAGCCAAAAACCAGACCUCCAGAGCGUCGAGGACUUUUUCGCCGGUCUCUCCCCGGGGUCCCAGCCCAGCGUUCCGCGGAGGGUGCACUCUCGCACAAACAGCCGGCCGGAAGCGGUACCGGGAUUGGAUCGGAUACCCUCGCAGCAGCACAUGGUCGAACUAAACAUGGACAACGUCCCUGAGUUGCUCGGCACAUCGGAGAUCGGGUUCCCACAGCCCCCAUUGUAUAGCCAGGGCCGCGGACAGCCCUUUGGGCAGUCGGCUUUCGAUUUCCCCAUUCCCACCGAUCAGCUACCCCAGAUUGAUCGACAGUUCGUCUACGGGUCAUUCUCUGGUUUCGACCCCUCGCCUACGUCCUUCGUAUCGCCCGAUGACCCCACCAUGUCCGCCGUCAACGGCUCGGCAGAACCUCCCCCUCCCCCUCCUCCCAACCACCCUCCCAACCAAGAUACCUCCGCCAUCUUCGCCGGCCAGUUAGACCCGAACGCCCCAUCCGGCACAGGGGAGUACUACCAGCCCAGCGCGUGGUUCCUCCCAUUCAACCUAGACCCCGUAGGCCUCAACGUCAACCUAGACCCAAAUCUCCAACAGCCCCCGGCUCCGGGCGGCGGCCCAGACCAUGACAUGAGCGCCUUCGGCAAUGCAGGCAACAUGCCGAUCGGCGCAUACGAUCUCGGGAUGGGAAUGAACCGGGGAGGCCAUUAGGCUCUCUUUACGCGUUGAUAUGAAAGGUGCGGAGUGAAGCGCUGCGGAUAUCCCUGCUAUUUCCUUUAUACGUCUCCUUUGUUAUUUGGCGAGGCUUGGGCUGGAUCUUGGAGGGUACUAGGAGAGAAUGGAGUUUUGAUUACCUUACUUUUUUCUUUUCAUGCAUACCUACCCUUUUUGUUGUCUGCUUGUUCAUGCCUUAUCCCUGGCUAUGUCUCGUCGUUGUUGUUGUUGUUGUCACUUCUUCGUAUAUCCUUUACUUACCCCUUUGUAUCUAUC